UGGGAAGAAUGCUUCUCACAAUGGUGGUCAGUGGGAAGAAUACCCCUUACAUUGGUGGUCAGUGGGAAGAAUGCCCCCUUACAUUGCUGGUCAGUGGGAAGAAUGAUACUUGCAUUGGUGUUCAGUGGGAAGAAUAUUCCUUAUAAUGGUGGUCAGUGGGAAGAAUGCUUCUCACAAUGGUGGUCAGUGGGAAGAAUACCCCUUACAUUGGUGAUCAGUACAAAGAAUGCUCCUUAUAAUGGAGGUCAGUGGGAAGAAUGCUCCUCGCAUUGGUGGUCAUGGGGAAGAAUGAAUCUUACAAUGGAGGUCAGUGGGAAGAAUGCUCCUCACAUUGGUGGUCAUGGGGAAGAAUGAUUCUUACAUUGGUGAUAAGUGGGAAGAAUGCUCCUCACAUUGAAGGUCAGUAGGAAGCAGGGUGUGGACUUACCAUUUGGAAACUCGG